AUGACACCAAAGGAGAAAAAGAAGUUCACCGAGGACACAGUUGAUUGGUUACGCAAGAAUGAGCCCAAUCUCUCUGAGAUGGAUGAACCAACUCUUGAAAGUGCUAUGCAGGUCCCUGGAGCACCCCUGCCGCCUGGAGUCGUGGCCAGAGAAGACAAGAAAGCUGCAGUGGAAGAUGUUGUGGAUUGGCUUCGGAAGAAUGGUCCUCCAAAGGAUGAGGUUGAAGAACCAACCAUUGUCGCACUAUCAAACCUCACUGGCAUUCCUGUGCCCAAGAAGAUGACACCAAAUGAGAAGAAGAAAUAUGUUGAAGAUAGCGUUGACUGGAUGAGGAAGAAUGAACCAGAUCUCUCCAAGCUUGAUGAGCCCACAUUGGAUAGCCUUAUGCAGAUUCCAGGGGCACCUUCAUUGCCAGUCCUCCCACGAGAGGCCAAGAAAAAGGCUGUCCAGGAUGUUGUUGACUGGCUGAGAAAGAACGAGCCUAAACCAGAAGAUCUUGAUGUGCCAAUUGCUGAGGCAUUGUCUAACCUAACAGGAGUGCCUUUGCCCAAGAAGAUGACUCCCAAUGAGAAAAAGAAGUUUGUGGAGGAUACAGUAGACUGGGUACGAAAGAAUGAACCCGAUUUUUCAAAGCUGAAUGAACCUGAACUUGACAAUGUUGUUCAGAUACCUGGAGCACCACUGCCUCCAGGAGUUGUCCCCAGAGAAACCAAGAAGGCGGCAGUUGAUGAUGUUGUUGAUUGGCUCAGGAAGAAUGGCCCACCAAAAGAUGAUUUGAGUGAGCCUGAAGUGGAGGCUCUUUCGAACUUGACAGGGGUUCCAAUGCCAAAGAAGAUGACACCAAAAGAGAAAAAGCGAGUGGUUGAGGAUUCUGUGGAUUGGUUGAGGAGCAACAAACCUGACCUGUCAAAGGUUGAUGAGCCAUCACUGGACUCCUUGAUGAAUAUUCCACAGGGUCCUGUACCCCAAGGUGGGCCACACACUGUUAAAAUGAAAGCCAUGGAAGAUUCGAUUGACUGGAUCCGCAAGAAUAACCCCAACCUUGAGAAAGUCGAUGAACCUACUGUUGAAGCCUUUUCGAACCUUACUGGCUUGCCAGUUCCCAGGAGGAUGACCCCAGAAUCAAAGAAGAAAUUCAUGGAAGAUGCAGUUGAUUGGAUCCGCAGAAACAAUCCAGAUAUCGAGAAGAAUCUUGACAGUCCAACUGUGGCUAGAGUGACAAAUGUGGCCAAUGUGAGAUUGCCCCCUGGGACAUUGGCAGAUGAUGAACCAACGAAGGCUGUUGAAGAUGCAGUGGACUGGCUAAGGAAAAAUGGUCCAAUACCAGAGGAAGUUGAUGAACCAGCCCUCGGAGCUCUGUCUAAUUUGACGGGUAUGCCCAUUCCUAAGAAGCUCACUCCUGAUGAAAAGAAGAAGUUGGUGGAAGACUCAAUUGACUGGUUGCGGUCGCACAAUCCAGACACAAGCAACCUAGAAAUGAGCCAACAGCUGGAAGAAUAUUUCAAGGCUGGCAGGUGUUCCAAUCUCAUCGCCUGGGGCGUUGCCAAGACAAUCACGCAAGAAACCCAUGGAAGAUGCCAUAGACUGGAUGAGGCACAAUGA